AUGCCUUCUCCACCGCAGACCCCCGAUGUUGACGAGAUGCCUCAAAUCCCUCGCUCGACUUCUCCCUUUGACGUGAGUGGCUUCACCUACGUGCCUCGGCCAACCGACACCGAUGGCCUGCUGCAUUUUCAACCGAGUGACGCCUAUGCUAGUCUGAUCGGCGAGAUCAACGCCAUUGAAUUCGACGAUAGCCAGAGACAUUUGCUUCGGACAAUCAAUCGACUGUAUGGGCUCCAUGCCGCAGGCCGAGCUUGCUAUGUGAUUGACGCCCAGCUGGAGCGUCACUGUCCAGACCAUCUCCUGGAAAGAGCUGCCGCUCUUCGCAUCCUUUCGAUGGAUGAGAAUCUGACCGUGGAAUCGGACACCCGUAUCCGAGGCCUUUUGGACAUGUGCGCUUUUCUUUACUUUGCUCCACUCAUCAAACAUGAUCUCGAUCAGCUCCCGGAUAGCCCGCAGAAAGGUCUUUUGCAGCAUCUACACUUUGAGAUUUGUCCUGGGGGCCACAUGAAGCAGUGA